UCACCCUGCUGAGAGGUGGGUAUUCGGGCUGGCUUUCUCUUGCUGCUCAGACAUGCUGUGGAUUUGGGCUGUCCUGCCUCUGGUGCUUGCAGGAUCACAGUUAAGUGUUCAUACCCAAGAGGUGGAUAGCCUCUCUGAGGCGACCGAGUUGAGGAGGAAUGUUCGUGAGACAGAGACUAGCUGCCCAGAAGGAUUAUAUCAUGGGGGAGAUUUUUGCUGUCAACCGUGCCAGCCUGGUGAACAAAAACAUUCAGACUGUACAAGCAGUGGUGGUAAACCAAGCUGCCGUCCCUGCACGGAAGGGAAGGAAUACAUGGACAAGGAACAUUAUUCUGACAAAUGCAGAAGGUGUGCACUGUGUGAUGAAGGACAUGGGUUAGAAGUGGAAACAAUCUGUACCCGGACCCAGAAUACCAAGUGCAAGUGUAAACCCAACUUCUAUUGCAACUUUUCUGCCUGCGAACACUGUGAGCCUUGCGCCUCGUGUGAACAUGGAGUCCUCGAGGGGUGCACACUAACCAGCAAUACCAAAUGCAAGCAAAAAAGUUCCAGAAUGUAUCACCUCCUAUGGUUGUUCAUCCCCAUUUUGAUAAUACUUGUGAUUUUCUAUAGAAAAUAUCAGAAAAGACACCAUGAUGACCCUGAAUCUGGGAUCUUAAAUCCUGAAAUCAAGCCAAUGAUUUUCCCAGACAUUGACUUGACUGAACACAUUCUGAAUAUUGCUGAACAGAUGUCACUAGAGCAAGUUAAAAAAUUUGCUCGGGAGAACAAGAUCUCUGAAACGAAGCUAGAUGAGAUCAAGAAUGACAAUUUACAAAGCACAGCUGAGCAGAAAAUUCAGAUACUUCAGUGGUGGUAUCAAUCUCAUGGGAAGAAGGGUGCAUAUCACACCUUAAUUAAAGGCCUCCAAAAAAUCAACUGCUGUACUCUUGCAGACGAAAUUCGGAAAGACAUUGAAAAAUCAACUUCAGACAACAGAAAUGAAAAUGAAACACAAAGACUCGACUAAAAACUACCUCAAUCCCAGCCAUCAAGAAGUGGGGGGGGUAACCUUUAAAACCAAUACUGUGACUGGUGCCUGAGUCAGGAACAUUGCCAUGAGUUCUAAGCCAGACUGCACAACAUUGUGAGCUCUGGACUAGCCUGGGUCAUAGAGUAAGACCUUGUCUCAAAAAUAACAAAACAAGAAAAAAAAAAAAUACAAGGCAAGGAAGAACAUUUUAGUAAUGGAAGUCUAUAAAUAUUUGGCUUUUUAUUGAGUGUCUUUUCUAUUUCCUUAGGUUUAUAGGGACGAUAUAUUUAUAAAACUUGAAGAUUCCAUGAUUCUGUUUUGAGUGUUGUUGACAUAUAUGUGAACUAUGGGCAGGUGCAAGAGUAACUGCAGUAGUGAUUUGUGUACCCAGAUAGAAGUCUACACAGAAGCAUAUAAACUUAAUAUCAUGCUCUAGCCAAGGGUGUAGUUAGUAUUUGCUAGGCCACCCCAUUCCACGGUCACAGAAGCAUGACUUUGGCUAUAAAGUCUCACACGCACUGUAGAGGCUAUUUGUCCUAACAGCAACUCUAAGAUAAGCCACAUAUAGACAAAGACUUGGAUAGCCAUCCUCAGAACAUAUUUAAAUGAAGAAUUAAAUAAGGUCUGUCUUUUUUGUGCAGACCAUUGGUGUUUUGUGAUGCAAUAUUUCUGAUUUAAAUUUGUGUGGAAAAUGUAGAAUAAAUCCGAAUGCUUGAAUAGGUUCAAAAUACUUUGAUUGUUUCUCAGGUGUCAAAAGUGUUUUUGAAUAGGAGUGUAUCAUUCCAGCCACACUACCUCUCAGUUUUCUUCUUGUUGUGCAAUCUGAUACAGCCUUAUACACUCCUAAACCUGGAAACAUUCCUAAAGAAAUAAUGGUAACCCCCAAAGCAGGACUGCCUUGGUAAUUCUAACCUAUUUCAGAAAGAGGACUGCAUUGCUUCUCUGGGUGGUAGCUGUAGGGCGUGUUAUGGACUCAUGCCUACCACCAAUAGUGGUAAUGAAAGCCCAUUGUGUUGCCAUUUGGCAACUCCUAGUCUUCCCCUACAAAUACAGCUGAUGCCUAGCAAAGGUAAAAUGGCCAGAAGGUUCCAGGAAUUGCUUUUCUUCUUCUCUUCCAGUUCUGAAACCAACCAUUUCCUCCACCUACCGCUAUGUUGUUGUUUUUACAUUUAAACCUCUAUGAAAGUUGUAUUAAAUGUGAACUGGAAUCUGCAGUGUUUGUGUUUAUAUUUAUGUACUGUGAACUGAGAAGUUUUAGAAGUGGAAACAAAGAGUUGCAGUUACCUACAGAUCUCCCACUGAUGGGGGAUGCUUUCCCUCUAUGUGUGGAAAUGUAUAAUAGAGGAAAUAAUUUUUUAAUUAAAGCACCAUUUUGGCACUUCUA